AAAAAACAGAGAACUUUUUGAUCCAGUCAAAUAUUUCUCUUUUCUUCCCAUUUUCGCUUCUUAUUCCUUCCAUCUUCCACACAACUUCCUAGGAAAAUUAAAGCCUCUCCUUUUCUCACUUUCAGAUUGCUUUUUUAUCUCUUUCUCUUGGUUUAUAUCUCUCCCACUUGUCCCUCAUCAUCACAUGUCACCUGGAAUCAUUUCUACUCUCUCAUGUUCUGGUCUGUUUUAGUUAGUGAAUCUUAGUAGAUACCCAUUUGCUGUAAUUGCCCAUUCUUCUCAUUCUGCAAGCUCAAUUUCCAUGCUUGUUGGUUCUCCAAUACUGGCAUAUUUCCUCCAUUUUGUUAGAUUAUAGUCUUAUUGUUCUCACCGCAUUUUGUAUGUGGAGAGGGCCAUGGAUUGCGAGCAAAAGACUCUCAUCACUGAGCUGACCCAAGGGAAAGAGCUAGCAGAACUGCUAAGAAAUAAUCUUAACUCUAUUUCGUCGCUUGAUACGCGUCAAUUCCUUGUUGAGCAGAUACUUUCCUCCUAUGAAAAAGCACUUUUCCUGCUAAAUUGGGGUGGUUGUGCGGUUGAAAUUAAGCCCACAAUUAGUACAUUGGAAUCACCAAACUACUAUGCCAACAGCAGCCCUAAGAGUGAUGUCUCAGAUCAAGAUUGCAAGGAUCAAUGUCAAAAAGAUGUUUACAAGAAGAGAAAGACAGAACCCAGAUGGACCGAGCAAGUGAAGGUCUGUUCAGGGACGGGUCUGGAAGGGCCACUUGAAGAUGGUUAUAACUGGAGAAAAUAUGGCCAGAAAGAUAUUCUCGGGGCUAAUUUUCCAAGAGGAUAUUACAGAUGCACUCACCGUCACUCACAAGGUUGUUUGGCUACAAAACAAGUUCAGAAAUCAGAUCAGGACCCUACAAUUUUUGAAGUGACCUAUAGAGGAAGACAUACAUGUUUACAAGCCUCUCGUUUAGCAGUAGCCUUAUCACCAGCAUCCCUGAAAAAUGACAAAUCGAAACAAGACAAGGAUAGUUGUCAAGUAGAACAACCUGAACAGAAGCCAAAGCCAUUGAAGGAGUUGUCUUUCAACUUUAGAGAAGAAGUUAAAAGCCAGGACUCGAACAAUGUGGAGGACAUAUUUCCAUUAUUUUCCUUUCCAGAUGCUUACAUAGGGAAUGGAAAUGAGGAAAAUGAUAUUUUCAAGGAGUCCAUGAUGGAAAACGAUUUCUUGAGUAGUCUUUCUUCUGCAUUUAUAUCUCCGGCUACAUCUGACUCUAGCUGUUUCGCUAUGACACCAUGCCACAUGAACAGUUUAGGAAUAGACCACAAUGUGAGAACCCCGGAAUCUAAUUUAGCCCCAACUUCGGCUACCAAUUCGCCAAAUGGCUAUUGGGACAUCUCAUUAGAUAAUGUGGAUUUUGAUACCAAUUUCCCUCUGGAUAACCCAGAAUUAUGUACUUAAUUAAUACCAUCACUUGAUGUUGAAGGGAUUGCUCUAGUGGGUGUCGUAGUUUUUUGCAGGUACUUGUCUAGAAUCUAGAAUCAAUGAUGUUGAAGGAAGUUGCUCUAGUGGUUGUUGUAGUUUUUGCAGGUACUUGCCUAGAAUCUAGAAUCAAUGAUGUUGGGGAAAUAAAAAGGAUGAAGGUGCAAAUUAAGCCUUUCUGAUUUGAAAAGUUUCUUAUUAUUUUUUUCUUAAUCAGAAUUCAGAAGAUUCUUGAGGUCU